AUGUUGGAAUUUUACUUGGAGGAACAAGCCAGAAGUGUGGGGAGCCGCAAUCCCGAGAUCCAGCGCAAGCGACGGGCGGAGCCCUCGCGAGGUGAGCGAUGCGAUCGGCGGAGCGAGACUCCAGAGUUGGAGCUCAUGGCGUCCCCAUUCACAAGCCCCAUGGCAUCCCCAAGGAGCAAGUGGUCCUCGUGGGCGUCUCCUCGAAGCAGACGGGAGCCGGAAGUGUCGCCAGGAGCAACGGAGGAGGAGGACAGCGACGGCAGCGACGUGGUGGUGGUCUCCGUCGAGCCGGCUCCGAGGAGAGCCGAGCUCCGGAGAUGGCAGCUCAACGACGAGGAGGAGCGGGCACGGGAGCAGGAGCUGCGACGCGACGCAGCGUUCCUCGGCAUCGCCAUCCGAUCGGCGGAGCGCUAUUUGCGUGAACAGCCGUUGAAAACCAGGCCGCCAGCGACACCAUCGCAGCCGACGUCAAGGCCAGCAGCAGCGCAGCAGGCCUCAGCACACCCGACAGCGCAGCCGCCAGCGACGUCAGCAGCGCAGCCGCCAGCGACGCCAGCGGCGCAGCCACCAGCGACGUCAGCAGCGCAGCCGCCAGCGACGCCAGCGGCGCAGCCACCAGCGACGCCAGCAGCGCAGCCGCCAGCGACGCCAGCAGCACAGCCGGCAGCGACCCCAGCAGCGCGGCCAACAGCCGAGACCGUGCGGAGGAGCCAGAUGGAGCAGCAGCGCAAUCGGCGAGCAGCAGCAGAGGCGCGACGCGAGGAGGAGCGGCGACGCGAGGAGGGACGGCGACGCGAGGAGGAGCGGCGACGCGAAGAGGGGCGACGACGCGAGGACGAGCGGCGACGCGAGGAGGAGCGACGACGCGAAGAGGAGCGGCGACAUGAGGAGGAGGCCCGAAGCAAGGCAGCGGAGAAGGCGCAAAGGGAGGCGGCGCUGAACAAGGCCAUGAUGCGGAAGCAAAGGCAGCCCUGCAACGGCAGAUGGAGGCCGCGCGGCGGGAAGCCGAAGCUCACGAGAGGAUCGAGGAGGAGGCUCCGCCUCCUCGAGGUCCUCAAGGGAGGACAGCCACAGAGCACACAACAACCGACGCCCCCGCAGUCACCGCCACCAAAAUCACCACCGCCGAACGCACCGACACAACAGUCGUCGUCACGACAGGAGGAGGCACCGAAGGAGCCGCCACAGGAAGAGGGCCAGCGGCCCCAGUGGGGUGGUCCGGAGACCGCGGUGUGCGGGCCAUUUGUGUCACAAAACGUGCACACGGCGGUAAGGAAUGGCAUGAUAUGGCACCACCAAGUUAUCCACAUAACGUGGGCGUCGGGACCCGCACCAUCGGAAGCGCAGGAAGAACGGAAAGUAUGGGAGGAGGAACCGGCCCCGCGAAGCAACGCGCGUGAUCCACGACAGCACCGGAGGCAGGCAGAGGCCAUGAGGGCAGAGGAGACGGCCUCGGAGGAGCGGGAGCCAGCGGCAGCGAAGGCACCGGCUGCGACGGCGACAGAGGCACCGACAGCGGCAGCAACGGAGGGGGCGGCAGCGACGGAAGAGGCGGCAGCGCCAGCGACGGCGACGGCAACGGAAAUACCGACAUCUUUUUCGCAAGAUUUGUAUUUAGGGUGUGAGGAAUGGAGUUUCCUCACAGGGGAACCAAAUAUGGGCAUGAGAGUAUGCCUCCGGUACGAGCCCGUGGAGGGAGUCGGGAAUGGAGGAGCCCGCAAGGAGCGGCGCUCACGUCAGGCUAGGAACGGCGGGAGCGGGCCGGCAGCGGUCCAGCGCAUGUCCAUGUAUGGACAUGAGAUCGCGCCACCAGCCCGGUCCCGUUAA